GACAACAUCCGGUUUUUAAGGUCCGUCAGAGAAAUGCUUCCGUCAGCCAAAUCAGGCGAAGGAAAAGGACAGGAAUGGCAGCAAUGUUUGAAGAAAAUGGUCCUUCGACGCACCCAGUAGUGUCUUCACCAUCCCAGGCCAGACAAAAACUAGAAGGACUUCUCAACAAGAAUAUGAGGAUCCGAAUGACAGAUGGACGGACUUUGGUUGGACUUUUCCUUUGCACAGACAGAGACUGUAAUGUCAUUCUUGGAUCAGCACAGGAAUUCCUUAAAUCUACAGACACAUUUUCCCAAGGUGAACCUCGAGUCCUAGGACUGGCUAUGAUUCCAGGGCACCAUGUUGUUUCUAUUGAAGUGGAGGCAGACAGUCUUGAGGACACACAAGGCUUUGGAGUCAAUCACUGACACAUCUUUUCCUGCUGGGAUUACAUUAGGCUCAUUGAAGAUGAGCAAGGUGGCCUCCUUCACCCACCUUCAUGGACUAAGUUUGAAGGCAUGAUGGGAAAUGUAGUGCUGUCUGCAUGUGAGUCUUGACAGUGGACUGACAGUGAUUUGGCCUGAUAUGUUUUAAUCAGAAACACGAUGCCCUGCAGCUUGGCAGCUUUCCUUCCCUCUUUCUCAAUCUCAUCUCUCUACAACAUAAAUGCGUAAAAUGAGACAGAUAAUGCCCCUUGUGUCAUAUAAUAUAGACAGCAUGAUUAAUAUAUGAUCUUGAUGAGUUAAAAAUUAUUUUCACCACAGAUCAGGCUUAAGCACAUAAAUUCUACUGUGAGCUCUGUAUCUUUUGCCAUGGUGGUACAUGGGGAAACUGGAUUAUGCAUUUAAAGUUUUAUGCAGUUUUAUUCAGUGCAACACUUGAAAUAAACUAAAAAUUUCCUUA